UUCUCCUUCAAACUGUCGCACUUGACCCAUGCUGUGCGUUUUCCAGUGCAGGUCUUCUGACUGUGUCCAUGUGUAGAGACUGCGGUAUGUGGUCUGAAUGCGUGGCAAAUACCCAAGACAAUAUUUUCACAAAAAUCAUCAGCCUCCUCGUCCAUAAUUACUUCUUCAAGUUCCAGCAUCACCCUCAGGCUUGCUCUCAGUAUCACUACUAUCAGUCUGAAGAUCUACGCUACAGUGACAACGGCGUGUUACUAGAAAUACGUACCAGGAUCCCUCACCGGCCAUUCUUUCUUCAAGAAGCGGCAGCCGAUGAACCGUGCAGUACUGUUGCUGUGCACGUCCAGUGUAGUGUGUUGGCGCACGCGAGUGUACCGGCCGGUUCGACACUUGAAGAGUUCAGUUUAGGCACACGGGCGGUGAAUAAUAUACUCAGCCGUUAGCCUCGUCUUGUUACUGAAGUGACUUCUGAUAUUCCUGUGGCGUGGGCGCGAGAGAUCUGUCUUGGCGCGGUGAGGAGAAACAGCAAGUCAGCGAACAGCAACAACAGCCGCAACUCCGAUAGCGAGACGCACACGCACCGCAGUGUCCAGGAGCAUGGCCGCCACGCUGAGUCCGUCUGGCGAGCGCAUCAGCAAGAUGGGCUACUUGUACCAGCAGCGUGUCAGCGAGCGCGGCAAGAGUCGUGAGGGAGCGUGGAAGCUCUACUACACGGUUCUACACGGCCUGACACUGCGAUUCUAUCGCGACGAGGACGCAGAGAAGGAUCCAGCGUAUUGCACCACGCCUCCAGCUAGCCUGGCCGAUCCGAAGCUGUUGAACAAGGCUGGGUUCCUGGAUGUAUCGAACUGCCUGCUGGCCAUUGAUUACAAGUCACAGCGGUCCAACGGUCAGGAGAGCAAACCCGUGGCCGCUGCUGGGACUGCUGGUGGCAAUGAGAGGCACAACGUGUUUUCAUUGACUUGUCAGGAUAUGAGCGAGUAUCGAUUUCAAGCGGCUAACAAGGUCUCUGUAAUGACUUGGGUUGCGAAGAUCCAGGACUGCGUCUCCGUUGCUCUUGCGAAUGGUGGGAGUGGUAGUGCUGGUAGCAGUGGAAGCAAGGCUGGUGGUGCUGAAGACGAGGCAGAGGAGGAGCGAGAUCGAGUGGAGGCACUGGAUAUGCUGGUCAAGAGUCGUGUGACCCUGGAGCGGAAGAGUCGCAAGGCAUCGCUGCGCACACGCAACAUGCUCAGCCUGAUGAGAACGUCCACACGUCCCGACUCUGCGGUGCUCGCCGAGGCAUCCGAGGAGGGCGCUGUGACUCCUCCAUCCACGAGAACGCCGAAAACAUCACCAGCAUCAUCCCCAGUGAAAAAGCCCGGAAAUCCGGGAGCCAUGUCGCCCGCAAAGGACGAUGAAGAGGAUCCGCUCCUACCGGAUCCUCGGCUAACAUGCCUACACGAACAACUUCACGCAAGAGAGCAGCUAUUAGAACAGCUGGAGAAGGAAGAGGAACAGUUCCGUGGACGCCAUCUAGACAAGACCUCUGAGAAAGCAUGCUCGUCGGGAUCGGCAUUUGAGCGCUGCCACUUCACGACGUGUAUACAGAAAGAGUACUACCUGGUGCCGGGCUAUCUGUCGUCGGCUGUGUCGGCCGGAGAUGUGGUGACGGUGUACGGUCGCACGCGUGAUGGCCGAUGGCGCUGCCACUUUCACCGUCCGGGCACUGCCCUGCUGCACUGCGCCGCCAGCGGACGUCCCGGCUACGACAUGAAGGUCGACAAACGCCCGGAGGCCAGCUCUGUUACGGCGGCGACCGACAAGGGUGCGGGAGGAGUUGGCGAUAGCGGUGGUGGUGGUGGUGGCCGUGGCAAGGACAACAAACCCACGGCCGGCAACGGCAAUGUAGCAGAGUCCCAGCCACCGCGCAUCACAAACCCAAGCCUCACACGUUCCAUACGCCAGGCCGAUGUACCCAGCGGCAGCCCCAAGACGGAUCGCAAGGGCAAGCGUGUUGAUGUGGAGAUCACGACAUCGGCCACAACCAAGGACUAUCCGAUGGUUGGCUGCUUGCCGACCAGCAUACUGCAGGGUCUGGGCGAUGCAGAGCGCUUGAUCAGCGAAGCAGCGAAAUGUCACAGAGAGCAGGGGGGCUGUACGCCCGAGGACGUCCCGCUGCAACGUCCGUUAAGCUCUUCGUCGAGCCAAAGUUCUAUACCGGCUACUGAGAGGAUCUACUCUCGCCUAUCCAGCCGUUCAUCCGCCAGUCAGCCUGCAUCGCCGAGAUCAACUACGAUUGAGACAGCCGAGAGCCCGGUGCCACUUCAGCUCAGUGACAUACUGGAGACGAGCAUGUCGACUGAUUGGCCUGUUGAAAGCGACGUCAGAGAGAACUUGCUGCGCAGGGAGAUCAGCGUGAGCGCUGUGAGACAACUAGGUCUGGAGAUCCGACUGGGUAGUGUGCAAAGUUCCGACGAGGAAAGCGAUAGCGACCAUGAGUCUGAGCGGCCAGUUUCGGCCAGCUUGACAGCGACGGUUGAGAACGUACCGGGCACCAAAUCAGACGAACACGCGUCCAGGCAAUCAGCAGCGGCAGCACCUGCACAGGACAGUCUGUCCAUAGAGAGUGCGCCACCAGCCGUCUCGAAGCGCAGCGCCAGCGCAGCAGCAUCUCCCAUGUCGUCGGGCUACACUACGCCACCAAUCUCUGCCUCUGCCCCUGUCGCCAACUCAGCACUGGAUGAAGAUCAAGUGGACUUUAGUAGUUUACCUAUCGGAAGGAAGAAGGCUUCCUCUUCUAUCAAACCUAAAUCACGCAGCAGAUCAACAUCAUCAAGUGCACCGGAAGAUGGGUUCUUCACACGCGUUACGCAGUUCUUUGGCCGUAACCGUGGCGACAGUUUUGAAUUAGAAACAGUGUCCGAGCACACUAGACGUAACACCCCAGCUGCUGCGCGGCUUGAUCGACGUGGCUCCAGUCCGAAUCCACUGGCUACGAUCGAUGGCUCGGGGGAAUCUCCCGGGGACUCGCGGAAAGCAUCGGCACCUAAUAUUGAGGGAGUGCAAUCGAUACUCGUGAAGCCUCCUCGCAAUUCACAGCGCACUGUGCUUCUGGAGGGGUUCCAGACGCAGACACCUAUCAUUGAGUUUGGUGAGUACACAAUCAUGGAUGACGAGUGCGAUCGCGUUCCCAACGGCACUGACCAGGACCCGCCGGCUAUGCAGCCCAACGACCGGCAGGUGUUCAUCUCAUUCAUCGAGCCGCGCAGCUGUGCCGAGAAGGCCGGCAUGGUGGUGGGUGAUGCUGUGUUGGAAGUGAACGGCACGAGCACCGACUCUCUCACGCCAGCCGACGUGUCCAAGCUCUUCUCCGACAGCGGUGCAGCGUUCAAAGUCAAGAUAAAGUACACAGAUGGUCUGCGUCGUCACGAGGUCCAGAGCAAACUGAAGGCCCUCACCGAGCGCCUGAAUGAGAAGGACGAGGAGUUGAAGCGAGUGGAAUCCUUGCAGGAGCAAGUGGAGAGCGGUGGCUCGGACGUCGCUGCGAUUCGGAAGAAGCUGUGCUCGGAACCCAAGAAGCUCCGGUUUUCCGUUACGGAGAGUCCUGACCAGUCUCGUACCUUGAGCAGAGCAGGCAUGAGCUUGUCUGAAGCCCUCUGGGACAGCGCGAUGGACGGUGGCGAUUCCGAAGGACGCCGCCUGAGAACGUCUAGCUUCUCACAUGGCCUUGGCACGCCGGAGCCAGUGGAAAGCGAGAGUAGCGAUGAUGACGACAUCAUCACUGAGGAAGACGCUCUGUAGAAGGAUCGUGUGCACCCGUGCAGCAAGCCAAUGCUUUGCACGUGCAUUCGAAACUGAUUUUGGUGUGCAAAAUCGAAUAGCACUAAUCAGGCCAGUUAGGGCCGCAGCAUUUAUUCUUAGCGGCUUUUGAGAUGCAGAAAACUCGGCUUCCAGCCGAGUCUCAUGUACGGAAAGCGUGACUUUUUAUUUUUCUAUUUUUUUUUAGAGUUUUACAGGAGAGCGAAGGUUUUUUUAAACUUCUACGAUUUUUUUAUUUUUACAAGACUCACAUCGUCUCUGGAGACAGAUUGAGAGUAAACGAUUGUGUUAUGGAUGAGAGGAGUAUGCAUCCACUAGACUGUUACUGAUUGUUCUCUUCUUGCUUCAUGCUUUUCCAUCUUGAGAUUUCUUCUAAAAUAUUUCCCUUAUGAGAUGUCGACACCGGUGGACGUAAUUAUUACAUCUGUUCAAGAUUUUGAGCAAGUCACAAGUUGAAUUCAAAAUGAUUGAAUAAAUCACUAUGGUAGCGCUAUUGUAACUUAUCCAUUCUUUUCAAUGAAGGUUGAGAAUAACUAUAAUUAUUAUCGUAACAUAAUUUUGUUUUCAUAGGUUUCGUGAUCCGGCUUCUUCUCUGCUUGGCUUGUGAAAUCCAAUGCAACUCUAGUAUGUGUGAAGACCAAUUUCAACGAUCA